UUGGACGUUCCAGAUGAUCAGAGUGAAGAUGAGAAAGAAGACGAUAAAGAGGAAAUUGAUCCAAAAGAUAAAUAUCCACUUGAUAAACGAUAUGGAAAUCCAUUUAAGUUCAUCCAAAGGGCAGAUGGGAGUAUAGCAGAGAUUCUGUUCCACCAGAAAGAUCUAUCCAAAACAAACGUCCUUAACUUCAAACGAGGUAUAGUUUCAGCGUUCCAAACAAGUACAUCUGACGAGGAUGCUGUGGUUGAGGAAACCGAUCAGAUGGGGUCGCAUAAAACAAAAUAUAAGGUUCUAUCCGGGAAAGGUAAAUCAAAAAAGCUUCAAAAACAGUUUGCUGCGUCUGAUAUUAAAGUAGAAGGUGCGGAAAUAGAAGGUGAUGAGGAACAAGAUGUUGAGGACGGCAAAGUAGUCAAUGGAAAGGGGACCGUCAAGAUCAAAUCUGGAACUACUGGCAAGACAGAUAUGGACAAUCUUGGAAAUGAAGAAAAUAUCUCCCCCUUGAGUUCCCAUGUUCCUGUGGAGACGUCUGGCUUGGAGGCAGAAGUCACUGCAACAUAUACUUUAGAACGGUUGGAGACCA